ACAUCAUCAAAAAUUUUUUUAGCUUCUCGAUAUUGGCAACACUACAUGCAUUUGAAAUGUUGGUCACAAUGUGAUUUUUGACGUCCUUGUUUCUUGAACCGGCUAAUGAAAUAAAAGUAAUUUGUUAAUUUGUUUGCAAUUUGUAAACUUUUUUUUUUUAAUUAUGUCGAGUACCUCGCAAAAGCAUCGCAAUUUUGUCGCCGAACCCAUGGGGGAUAAGCCGGUUACCGAGUUGGCCGGUGUGGGCGAAGUUUUAGGCAAUCGUUUGGUGCAAGCGGGAUUUGAUAAGGCGUACGUUGUACUUGGCCAAUUUCUUGUGUUAAAGAAAAAUCAAGAGUUAUUUAAAGAAUGGAUGAAAGACACUUGUUCUGCAGAUUCCAAGAAGUCCACGGAUUGUUGGCAGUGUUUAAAUGAUUGGUGCGAAGAAUUUUUGUAAAUAAUCAUUAAGCAAUCAUAACAAUAUUAUUUUAAGGAUUUUAUUUUAAUACAUAAUAUCUUUAGGUUUGUGAUUUAAUAAAAGAUUAUCCAAAAUUUGAUUUUUCUCCAAUUGUUUG